AUGGAUGAAGGUGGCGAUGAGGAGUACGAUUUCGAUUAUGAGGACGAUGACCAGGAGGAUGUGGACACGGAUAUGGAAAAUAAGUACUACCAAGCCAAGAAUUAUAAAACAGAUAAUCCAGAGAAGGCACUGGCGGAUUGGCGAUCGAUCGUCGAGACUGAAAGCCCUAAGGGCGAAUGGGGCUUCAAAGCGCUGAAACAGAGUACAAAAUUGAACUUCCACAGGGGGAAAUAUCAGGAAGCCUUGAAAACUUAUACCGAACUACUGGAUUAUUGCCAAACUGCUGUUACCAAAAACGCGGCCGAAAAGGCGAUCAACGGGAUCCUGGACUAUGUUGGUGUCGCUCAGGAUUUAGAUACCUCCUUGAUGCAACAAUGGUAUGAGGUCACCCAACAGGCUCUAAAAGCUGCUAAAAACGACAGGUUGAACUUCAAAAUCGAAUUAAAAUUGGCCAAGAUAUGGAUGGACAAAAAAGAAUACGCCAGACUAGAACUGGUCAUUCAAAAGUUGCGGAUGGCCAUCAACGCGCCUAAUUCGGCAUCUGGUUCAUCUAAUCAAAAAAUGGAAAGCUUUGACGGUGACAAUUCUAUCGGAACGCUUUUAUUGGAAGUGUUGGCUAUCGAGAUCCAGAUGUAUACUGAUCGAAAAGAGAAUAAGAAGUUGAGGGAAAUUUACGAUCAAACCCUGACUGUCAAAUCAACGAUCCCCCAUCCGAAAAUAAUGGGGAUUAUCAGAGAGUGCGGGGGCAAAAUGCAUAUGUCUGAAAAAAAUUGGACAGAUGCACAGUUUGAUUUCUUCGAAGCGUUCAAAAACUACGAUGAAGCAGGCUCGCCGCAGCGAAUAUCGUCCUUGAAGUAUUUGGUCCUGGCACACAUGCUGAUGAAUAGUGGAAUCGAUCCGUUUGACUCUCAAGAAACUAAGCCAUAUAAACAAGAUCCCCAAAUCGUUGCAAUGACCAAUUUGGUGGCGGCCUAUCAAAGGCAAGACGUCCACGAAGCGGAGAAAAUUAUCAAGAAUAAUCGGGCCACGAUCCUCGAUGAUCCAUUUAUUGCCAACUACAUCCAGGAUGUCUUGACGUCUCUCAGAACUCAAUGGAUUUUAGGAAUUCUUCAAUCGUACAGGAAGAUUGAAAUUUCUCACGUCGCACGUCAAUUGAAAAUCUCAGAUGGUGAGGUAGAGGAAAUCAUGCUCCUCUUGAUACUUGAUGAAAAAAUUGCAGGUCGACUAGAUCAAGUCAAUGGCGUACUUGAGCUCAAUCAAGACUCUGAAGUUGAAACCCGACAUUAUAAAGCAUUAGAAAAAUGGAAUUCCGAGCUCAACAAGUUGCAUUCCAAUCUGAUCAAAAAGACUAGCAAUAGCUACAAUGCUUUCAGCUCGGGUAACCAAUUUAGCAGCAACCAGUCGUUCUAUGCUUGA